GCCCGGACGCUGCUCUGUCUUGCAAGCCCACCGCGAAGCCCGCCGACGUUAGCGGCAUCUCUCCGGGCGGCACAGGCCCUGGGUCUCGGCCGCUGCCGCCUGGACUCGCGGCCGGCUUCGAGGCGGUUGUUCUCUCCCCUCGCCCCACCCUCUCUCUCCCCCUUCACGGAAACGACAGCUGCGGCGGCGGGGCUGGCGCCGCCUCCCUCCACCUACCACGUCUGCCCCCGCCACUCUCGCCCGGCGCCCCAGCCCGGCCGCGGCGCCUCCAUCUCCCCGCUAGGUCAGCCGGCUGCUCCGCCCGGCUGACGCCCAGGAUGAACAUCAUGGACUUCAACGUGAAGAAGCUGGCGGCCGACGCGGGCACCUUCCUCAGUCGUGCAGUGCAGUUCACAGAAGAAAAGCUUGGCCAGGCAGAGAAGACAGAAUUGGAUGCUCACUUAGAGAACCUCCUUAGCAAAGCUGAAUGUACCAAAAUAUGGACAGAAAAAAUAAUGAAACAAACUGAAGUGUUAUUGCAGCCAAAUCCAAAUGCCAGGAUAGAAGAAUUUGUUUAUGAGAAACUGGAUAGAAAAGCGCCAAGUCGUAUAAACAACCCAGAACUUUUGGGACAAUAUAUGAUUGAUGCAGGGACUGAGUUUGGUCCUGGAACAGCAUAUGGUAACGCCCUUAUUAAAUGUGGAGAAACACAAAAACGAAUUGGAACAGCAGACAGAGAGCUGAUUCAAACUUCAGCCUUAAAUUUUCUCACUCCGUUAAGAAACUUUAUAGAAGGCGAUUACAAAACAAUUGCUAAAGAGAGGAAACUAUUACAAAAUAAGAGACUGGAUUUGGAUGCUGCAAAAACAAGACUAAAAAAAGCAAAAGCUGCCGAAACUAGAGCAUCACAACUAAACUCAGCACGCCUUGAAGGAGAUAACGUUAUGGUAAAUUUCUCUUACAUGCUCAACCUCCUGCAUGUAAAAUGGCUGAAGAUUUGGGCAGAGGAAGUGACAAAAUCUGAACAGGAAUUAAGAAUAACUCAAAGUGAAUUUGAUCGUCAGGCAGAGAUUACCAGACUUCUGCUGGAGGGAAUCAGCAGUACACACGCCCAUCACCUUCGCUGUCUGAAUGACUUUGUAGAAGCCCAGAUGACUUACUACGCACAGUGUUACCAAUACAUGUUAGACCUUCAGAAACAACUGGGAAGUUUUCCAUCCAGUUAUCAUUCUAACAACAACCAGACUUCUGUGGCACCUGUACCAUCUGCUUCAUCGAAUGUGGUUGGUUCCUCUGCCUUGACUUCAACAAGUAGCCUAGUAAUCACCUCUCCUUCCAACCUCACUGACCUGAAGGAGUGCAGUGGCAGCCGGAGGGCCAGGGUUCUGUAUGAUUAUGAUGCUGCAAACAGUGCUGAAUUAUCCCUUCUGGCAGAUGAGGUAAUCACUGUUUUCAGUGUCGUUGGAAUGGAUUCAGACUGGCUGAUGGGUGAAAGGGGAAACCAGAAGGGCAGGGUGCCAAUUACCUACUUAGAACUGCUCAAUUAAAUAGGUGGACUGUGGAAAGAUACCAUAUUUAUAUACAGUUAACUCUUAAUAAAGCAGGUUUAAGUAUCUUUCAUGUUAAUGUCUUAAGAAACUGAAAAGAAAAUACCAACCAUCAGAAACUGGCCUUUCUGCCAAUAAAACUGCAUGGUAAAUAUUUCAUUACAAAAGUUAUGUUAGAGCUUUCAUGCCAAGAAUGUUUUGUUACAAAAUUCUCUUUCUACUGAGGUUUCACUAAUCCAUACCUUCUACUUUUGAACCCCAAGUUAAAGCAGAAGAACUGUUUUCUACUGGAAUUUUCAUUAAUGGCAAGCUUUUUGUUUUAUGUAAAAUAAAUUUAUUGUGAA